AUGAACGUGGAUGAUGUCGAGGAUCGCGAUGGCGUUCGCCUCUCCUGGAACGUCUGGCCCUCAUCCAAGAUCGAGGCUACCAGGACUGUAGUCCCCAUCAGCGCUCUCUACACUCCUCUCAAGGAGCGCGAAGAUCUUCCGCCCGUCCUCUACGAGCCGGUCACUUGCAAACCUCCAUGCCGAGCCGUCCUGAACCCUUACUGCCAAAUCGACGUCCGUGGAAAGCUUUGGAUCUGCCCCUUUUGUCUCUCGCGCAAUGCUUUCCCUCCUCACUACAAAGACAUCAGCAGCACCAACCUUCCCGCAGAGCUUCUUCCCAAGUACACCACCAUCGAGUAUACCCUCAGCCGUCCCGCUCAGAUCCCACCCAUCUUCCUCUACCUUGUCGACACCUGCAUGGACGAUGACGAUCUCAAGGCCCUUCGCGAAUCGCUCGUUGUUAGCUUGAGCUUGCUGCCUCCCAACGCUCUCGUCGGUCUCAUCACCUACGGUACCAUGGCUCAGGUCCAUGAGCUUGGCUACGAUGCCUGUCCUAAGAGCUACGUCUUCCGCGGCACCAAGGAGUACGCCCCCAAAGCCAUCCAGGACAUGCUUGGUCUCAACCCCGGCGCUCGUCCCAUCGGCCCUGGCGCUCCCGGUGGCUCUUCUCAGGCUCCUCGCCCACCCAAUGCUACUGCCCAGAUGGGUGCCUCUCGCUUCCUCCUCCCUGUCUCGCAGUGCGAGUUCCAGUUGACGCAGAUCCUCGAGCAGCUUCAGAAGGACCCCUGGCCCGUCGCUAACGACAAGCGUAGCCAGCGUUGCACUGGUGUCGCCCUCAGCGUCGCCGUCGGCAUGCUCGAGACUACCUUCCCCAACACCGGUGCCCGCAUCAUGCUCUUCUGCGGUGGUCCUGCCACCGAAGGUCCCGGUAUGGUCGUCUCCACCGAGCUCCGUGAGCGCAUCCGAUCGCACCACGACAUUGACAAGGACAACGCCAAGUACUACAAGCGUGCCAUCAAGUUCUACGAGUCCAUGGCCAAGCGUGCUGCGGGCAACGGUCACACCAUCGAUGUAUUUGCCGGUUGUCUCGACCAGGUUGGUUUGCUCGAGAUGAAGGGUCUCAGCAACAUGACCAAUGGCCACAUGAUCCUUGCCGAUAGUUUCCAGAUGGGUAUUUUCAAGCAGAGUUUCCAUCGCAUCUUCCAGAAGGACGACCAGGGCAACUUGCAGAUGGGCUUCAACGCUACCCUUGACGUCCAGUGCACUAAAGAGCUCAAGGUAUCUGGUCUCAUCGGUCACGCUGUCUCGGCCAACAAGAAGUCGGGCUGUGUCGGCGAGACUGAGAUCGGUAUCGGAGGCACUUCGGCAUGGAAACUCUGUUCGCUCACACCUCGUACUUCGGCAGGCAUCUACUUUGAGGUGGUGACGCCAGCAGGUCAGCCCAUGCAGCCAGGCUCGCGAGGUCUGAUUCAAUUUGUCACGCACUACCAGCAUGCUUCGGGUCAGUACCGACUUCGUGUUAGCACCAUUGCACGCAACUUUGCCGAGGGAGGUUCGGCCCAGAUUGCUGCCUCCUUCGACCAGGAAGCUGCCGCCGUGCUCAUGGCGAGGAUCGCCGUCUUUAAGGCCGAGAUCGAUGACAGUCCCGACGUCUUGCGAUGGCUCGACCGCAUGCUCAUUCGACUUUGCCAGAAGUUUGCCGAUUACCGCAAAGACGACCCGACCUCAUUCCGUUUGGGCGAAAACUUCAGCAUUUACCCUCAGUUCAUGUUCCACCUUCGUCGAUCGCAGUUCUUGCAAGUGUUCAACAACUCGCCCGACGAGACUGCAUUCUACCGCCACGUGCUCAACACUGAAGAUGUCAACAACUCGUUGAUCAUGAUUCAACCGACACUCAUGUCGUAUGGCUUUGAAGGAGCACCGCAACCGGUGUUGCUCGACUCGGUCUCGAUUCGACCCGAUGUUGUGUUGCUGCUCGACACCUUCUUCCACAUUCUCAUAUUCCAUGGUGAGACGGUGGCCCAAUGGCGCAAAGCAGGCUAUCAGGAUCAAGAAGGAUACGAAAACUUCAAAGAGGUGCUCGAGAAUCCCAAAGCCGACGCACAGGAUCUUUUGGCCGACCGCUUCCCCAUCCCUCGAUACAUUGUCUGUGACCAGAACGGUUCGCAAGCACGUUUCUUGCUGUCGAAACUCAACCCUUCGACUACGCAUAUGAGCGGCGGAAUGUAUGGCUCGGCGGCUGGAAGUGGCGCUGCUAUCUUCACAGAUGAUGUUUCCUUGCAGGUGUUCAUGGAGCAUCUCAAGAGACUUGCUGUUGGAGCUUCUUCCAACUAG